UUCUGUCUUCCCUCCAUGGUCUUCCCUCUUGUCCCUACAUGCCCGGACAGUUUUUUCGGAGCCUCGGGUUUCACCUUACAGGCACAUCACUUGGUAUCCGGCUCGGGGCUCCCGGUCAGUCAUGGUCAUAUGAAAAGCUCCGGCGAGGCGGCGGCUGUUCGAUCCCCGACCCUCCGUGCAGGCUUCGCUCUCCGCGGUGGAACCAUGGCCCUGACCCGCCUGGAGACGCUUCAGCUGUGGCUCUUCAAGGCCGUGAUGGGAGCUCUCUUCCUGCUGUUCCGCCUCUUCUCGCCUCGGACCGGCGGGAGGAAGAAGCUGCCGCCGCUCCGCAGUCACUUGCUGGAAGUGUCCGCGACGCAGCUCGCCCAGAAGAUCCGGAGGAGAGAGGUGUCGAGUGUGGAGGUGGUGCAGGCUUACAUUGACAGAAUCCAGGAAGUCAACCCCUUUCUGAACGCUGUUGUCAAAGACAGGUUCGCCGCCGCCCUCCAGGAGGCGGCCCAGGUUGAUAAGCUUAUCGAGGAGGAGACUGGAGGAGAGGAGGUGCUGGAGGACCGGCUGCCUCUGCUGGGAGUCCCACUCUCUGUCAAAGAGUCUUUUGCCCUUCAGGGCAUGCCCAACACUACAGGUGUGAUCAGCAGGCAAAGAGUCGUGGCCACGGUCGACGCUCCACCUGUGGCCCUUCUGAAGAGAGCAGGGGCCAUCCCGCUGGGCGUCACCAACACCAGCGAGCUGUGCAUGUGGUGCGAGUCCCACAACCACCUGAAGGGCAUCACCAACAACCCGUACGACCUGGAGAGGAUACCGGGAGGAAGCUCAGGGGGAGAGGGCAGCAUCCUGGGAGCAGCAGGCGCAGUCAUCGGUAUCGGCUCAGACAUCGGCGGCAGCAUCCGCAUGCCGUGUUUCUUCAAUGGAAUAUUUGGCCAUAAAACGACUCCUGGUGUUGUAUCUCCUGAGAACCAGUACCCUCCUUUCUCCGGCAGACAUAGGGAGUACGUCAGCACCGGGCCCAUGUGCCGCUACGCUGAGGACCUGCUGCCCAUGCUCAAGAUCAUGGUGGGACCCAACGCUCACAUGUUGUCCUUAAACGCGAAGGUUGACCUGAAGAAGCUGCGGUUCUUCACCAUCCCUCAUGACGGUGGUUUUGCUCUGACGUACCCCGUCAGCAAAGAGCUCCUGGACAUUCAGAGAAAGGUAGCGGAGCGUCUGGAGGCCGAUCUCGGAGUAAAAGUGGAGGAAGUGCAUUUCCCUGAGCUCCGCUACAGCUUCAAAAUCUGGGACACCUACAUGUCUCUCCCUGAUAAGGAGGGAAAGCCUCCUGUGCCGUUCGCUCAUCUGAUGGGGGAACCAGGACGACCGGUGUGGCCUCUGUGGGAGCUGCUGAAAUGGAUGAUGGGAAAGUCAGAGCACACCAUGGCUGCGAUUGGUCUGGCCCUGCUGGAGAUGACCCACGUGUCCAAAUCCCCGCCCUUCAUCAUCCAGCAGAAGGAGAAUCUGCAGAGGAAGGUGGACGAGCUGUUGGGCACCGACGGAGUUUUUCUUUACCCCUCACACCCGAGAGUGGCGCCCAAACACCACCACCCGCUCUUCAGACCCUUCGACUUCGCCUACACCGGUAUAAUCAACAUCCUGGGGUUGCCGGUCACCCAGUGUCCUCUGGGCCUGGGCGAGGAGGGUCUGCCCCUGGGCGUGCAGGUUGUGGGGGGGAAGCUGCAGGACCAUCUCACCCUGGCCGUGGCUCUGCACCUGGAGAAGGCGUUCGGAGGCUGGAGGGACCCUGGAGCCAAGUAAACCUCAGCCAUGACCAAAUGUCCACACCGGAGCCUGUAGUACACAAUCAAACCAAGAGGUACAAUCAGUGCACUGAAUGUUCUAGUUUAAAACAUUAGUUCGUACUAAUGAAGGAUCUGCUGCUACGUGAGGUGAUUCUACCGUCAGCCCUGUUCAGGGACCGUAAUAAAUACAAGCUUUAAAAAAAAACGUUGAUUUUUUAAAUGAAGCAUUCACAUUAUCAGAGACAAGGGUUUUGUGCAGCUCAUGUUUCACUCCUCGUGAGUGAAAUGUGAAAUUAAAUAGCAGAUUUGUUUUUCAACAACUUUAAACUUUGUCUUUACCUCAUUUUUAUAACCAGCAGCUGUAUAGUUACAUACACACGUUACUGUUCCAACUCUCUAAAGGUCACUCCAUGAUUUCAGUUUAAAAUGGGCCACACACACACACACACAGGUUGGUUCUGCUCUGAAUAAUUAGACCUACCAGAGGCAUGCUGGGAGUUUGUCACCUGACUCCUCGGACAGGUGAACUCUGUCCUCUGCCAGCAGGUGCAUCUGAUCUAGUGAGGAAACGACCCCCAGCAAAGAAAGGUGUGAAUUAUAAAUGUUUGUGACUUUUAAACUCAUAUCUAAUGUAUCAUACUGUAAUUUAUAUCUAUAUAUAUAAAGAUAAAAGAAACUCACCUGACCUCAGUAACUGGCAAAUGUUUUACACGCUGACGAAACUGUGCUAAACCUUUGUUGUGUGAUAAUAUGAAUGUUGCAUACUGGCAUUUAAUUGUGGCGCCUGUUUUUAUGCUGCAAUUCUUUUGUUUCUGCAAAUACAAUAAAACGUCUGUCUGAA